CAGAGCCGCAGAGCCCCGCGCGUGUCGCCCGCAGCCUCCGAGCCGCUGUCCAGGGCCCCAGCCUCGCCACCAUGAGAGUCCUGCGGGCGUGCCUGCUCCUCUGCGCCCUGGUCGUGAGCGACUCCGAAGGCAGCCAUGCACAUCAUCGAGUGUCUGAUGCAUCAAACUGUGGCUGUCUGAAUGGAGGAACAUGUGUGUCCUACAAGUACUUCUCCAACAUUCGGCGAUGCAACUGCCCGAGGAAAUUCCAAGGGGAGCACUGUGAGAUAGAUACAUCAAAAACCUGCUAUCACGGGAAUGGUCGCUCUUACCGAGGAAAGGCCAACACCGACACCACAGGUCGGCCCUGCCUGGCCUGGAACUCUGCUGCUGUCCUUCUGAAACCAUACCAUGCCCACAGACCUGAUGCCCUUCAGCUGGGCCUGGGGAAACACAAUUACUGCAGGAAUCCAGACAACCAGGCGUGGCCCUGGUGCUACGUGCAGGUUGGCCUAAAGCAGCUUGUCCAAGAGUGCAUGGUGCAUGACUGCUCUGUGGGAAAAAAGCCCUCCACACCUCCAGAAAAAUCAGAGUUUCAGUGCGGCCAGAAGGCUCUGAGGCCCCGCUUUAAGAUUGUUGGAGGAGAGUUCACCACCAUCGAGAACCAGCCCUGGUUUGCGGCCAUCUACAGGAGGCACCGGGGAGGCUCUGUCACCUACGUGUGCGGGGGCAGCCUCAUCAGUCCUUGCUGGGUGGUCAGCGCCACGCACUGCUUCAUCAAUCACAAAAAGAAGGAGGACUACAUGGUCUACCUGGGCCGGUCAAAGCUCAACUCCGUGACGCCCGGGGAGAUGAAGUUUGAAGUGGAGCAGCUCAUCUUGCACGAGGACUACAGUGCUGACACACUCGCGCACCACAAUGACAUUGCCUUGCUGAAGAUCCGAUCCAACACGGGCCAGUGUGCACAGCCAUCCCGAUCCAUACAGACCAUCUGUCUGCCCCCAGUGUAUGGAGAUGCCCGUUUUGGCACAAGCUGUGAGAUUACUGGCUUCGGAAAAGAGAAUUCCACCGACUAUCUCUAUCCAGAGCAGCUGAAAAUGACCGUUGUGAAGCUGGUUUCCCACCAGGAGUGUCAGCAGCCCCACUACUAUGGGUCUGAAGUCACCACGAGGGAGGACACGGGCGCCACCCAUGCUGACUGUCAUUUGUGCGGUGGGGUCAUCUCAUCAGCUGGGCCAAGAAAGAUCUUGUUCAAACUUGAGCAGCUCCAGCAUCAGGACUCAGAGACACUGAAAACAGGAAGCAUGAGCCCCACUGGCAGUUGA